UGUGAGGAGCUUGGAAGUUAAUGCGGAAGCUGGUUAUGUCAGCCUGUCAACAAGUGAAGUUAUGUGUGUUUUGAGGAAUAAGUAAACGAUAUUGACAGAUGCAACGUAUGCAGCAGUGAAAUACGUCACGUAGACAUGGCGAAUUUUACUCGCAUGUCUGAUGACAUGUUGAUAGACGCCAUAGGACUCGUGGUGAAGAUGGACGAUGGAACAAAACGAGGACGGUUUGGAAGCUACGAGUUGAAAUAUGAAGAGCAUUAUGUUCUGCGUUCACAGAACACACAGAGCCUAUUGAAGUUCUUCAUACCAGAUGUCAAGUCAUUUCAAGCAAUGAACCAGCCCAGCUCUUCUGAUUGGUUGAGCUACCACAAAGAAUCAGAGCAGACAUUUUAUGACUUUCUCGCGUCCACCCAUUACACCCCAGACUGUGUGAGACAUCGAAUCUACAUCCAGCCUUUCAGCAUUGAUGAAGAGCAGGUGCCCCCAGGCAUACUCACAGCUGUACAGUCAUACACCAACAUAUUCUUUGGAAUGGAUGUGGAGGUCCUCACUCCAAUUUCGCUGAAGGGGGACGUUCCUGAACGGGUGAACGCUUAUUCCAGGACCUUGCAGGUAGAUGCAUUGGUUGUGUUGAGUAGACUGGUGAAACUGGUUAGGAAAGAUGCUUUCUGUGUGGCCGGGAUCACUCUGUGUGACCUCUACCCCGAGGAAGACUGGAACUUUGUGUUCGGCGUAGCCAGCUGCGCUGCGCGAUGCGGUGUGCACUCCCUGGCGCGUUACCUUGACAACUUUGGGAUGCAGAAAACUAGCGUGUUUGACAACAGAGGUGACAGCAUGCUGCUGGUCCGAGCCUGCAAGACCCUGUGUCAUGAAAUGGGUCACAUGUUUGGCCUGUCUCACUGUGUCCACUUCAAGUGCCUGAUGAACGGAGCUAACCACCUGCAGGAGUUGGACUCGCUCCCAGUGUUCCUGUGCCCAGUGUGUCUGAGAAAACUCCACUACUCAUGUGACUUUGCCAUGUCUCAACGGUACGAGAAGAUGUUGGACUUCUGGACCAGCUGCAGCGCACAAGAUGAGGUGUGCUGGCUGAGGCGCAGGAUCUCAUUUCUCGAGGAUUAAGAUAGGGAAUGGUAUGAUGAGAGUUUGAAAGGUACCGGCCGACACCCCAAAUUGUCCCUUGAACUCACUGCCUAAAUGACAUGUCUUGGAGAAAGGUCAAGUCACCAAUACAAACGACGCAGAAUCUCAUUUCUGGAGGAUUAAGAUAGGGAAUGGUAUGAUGAGAGUUUGAAAGGUACCGGCCGACACCCCAAAUUGUCCCUUGAACUCACUGCCUUAAUGACAUGUCUUGGAGAAAGGUCAAGUCACCAAUACAAACGACAAACAGCUGAUUUACAUAGAUCAAGCAAUUAUGUGAUGAAUCUUAUAUACAAUGACAAAGUGAACCUUGUCUCAUCUUUUAUCUAUUAUCUAUUAUCUGUUAAUCCAAGCAAGGACAUUACUAUGGGUCAGAUCUAGAGCUACAGAUCAGCUGCAUAUACCCCCCAAAAUAUCCAAACCCCAAAUACUUUCAGUUAACUUGCAUAAAAAAAAAGCAUGCAUUAAAUGAAAAACACAAAUGUAUAAAAACAGAACGCGUAAAUACUCAAUGAAGCUUUUUCAGCAUGCCUAUAAAGGAGCUAAUUUCCGAAACACAAUUACGAGCUAAUUU